AUGGGUUAUGGUUGUGGCAUAUGGAAAGGAGUUUUUAAGUUUGUUGAUAUUUUUAUUUCCAAUUGUAAGAUGCAGGUAGGUGACGGAAGCCUAAUUAGCUUUUGGGGUGAUAGAUGGAUCUCGGAUACACCUUUAAAAAUAUUACAUCCAGCAAGUUAUGCCAUUUCAGGUUGUAAGGGAGCUACUGUGGCUGAGGUAAGAACUUCCGAAAGCGAUAUGAUUAGUUGGAACUUGAGUAUUGAUAGAAGAGUGUAUGGUGGAGUUAUCACUGAGCUAACCUCAUUACUUGACUUACUUGAUAAUUUUAAUUCCUGCAACAUUUCGGAUAUCGGUAGGAGGAUUUGGUUGGGGGGGGGGGGGGGGGGGGGGGGGAAAUCUAAUGGGACCUUCUCUGUGAAGUCUUGUUAUCAGUUGCUCCUUAAGACAGCUCCUAGUCCUUUGAAAUUUAUUCCUAAAAGCAGGGUUUGUUCGAAUCAGUGGCCAACGAAAGUUAGUUUUUUUCUGUGGGUCGCAAGCUAUGCAAAGAUUUCUACACAAGACAUGAUGGUUAGGAGGGGAUGGAAAAAGGAUUGGGUUAAUCAUUGUUAUCUUUGUGUUCAAGAUGGAGAGUCGUCUAACCAUCUCCUCGUGCACUGUAAGGUGGCUUUGACUGUUUGGUGUUUCUUUCCCAAUGAAUUUUCUUUGAAAUGGGUUAUCCCUCCAGAUUUCUUAAGUCUUAUUAGCUCACGGCCUGUUAAAGCUAAUUCGUUAAGGAAGACUUUAGUGUUACGUUGCCUUCCUGAUGCAAUCUCUUGGUGUCUUGGAAAGAGAGAAAUUGUAGAGCUUUUGAAGAUACUAGUAAGGAUGUGA